GUGAGAGUGACGCUGUCUGAGCUGGUUGAGGAUGUUGUUCAGGGCGGUGUGGAGGGGUCUGCGGACCGCGGGAUGGAGAACACCUUUACCUACACCAGUGCUGCCGGCUCGUCACAUGUCCUUCGGUAUACCAGCCUCAGGUACUAACCUGGCCUUCGUGGUGCUGGGCGGAGGCUCUCUGACUGCCGCCCUCGUCUAUGCGUAUAAGACGGUGCACUCGGACAGCAUGAGAUACAACAACCGCAUCUCCGACAUCGAGGCCAGAUUUAAGAGUCAGGAGGAAGUUAUGACAUCAGAAGCUCCAGCGGGUGACCCCGCCCCCGUCGCCGAAGUGACAGCACUGCACGCAGUGGCUGAGGCUGUUGUCGUAGAAACCGUGACCGGAAAAGCAUCGGAGGGUCCAGAGCCCGUGGAAGAAGAGUUACCUGUUGCCGAGGCAACGGACCCAACCCCAGACGCCGGAGAUGCUGUUGAGUACGUGGUUGCCAUGGUGGUGACGGAGGCAGCAGCCCAGGAAACAGAAGCGGCCGUUGCCGAACCAGCUGAGCCUGCCGUACCUGUUGCUGUGGAGACCACUGCCGUGGAGACGACGGUGACCAUUGCCGAGGCAACGGCUGAGCUGUCUGCUGUAAAAGAAGCCCCAGCUGCCUAGACAGCCCCUCUCAGAGUAUUGAUUAGCAGUCUGUGCUUUAUCGGUGUUCAUUUCUACAGGGAUGGAGAGAGCUCAGAGCGCCCCCUGCUGUUUGAGUUCAAAACGCAGUUAUACACAGUUAUACAGCUCAGCAAAAUAUUCUGCCAUACUGUGUUUGUGGCAAAAGGUUCACAAAAGUUCCAGCUUUGAAUGAAGUUUAAUCCGUUAUUUAAAAUUUUCAUAAGGAGAAAUUAAUGGAGAGUCAAAAUGUUUUGAAGGCGACCAGCAGAUGGCGCAGUUCUGCACCUUCCCAGAAAGCUGCUGUAAGCUGAAUGGGCGGGGCUAAAGUGCUAGAGUUUUGGUAGAAUUCUUUCGCGUGUUAAGAGACUUUUAUUUUCCUCUGCCGUCACUCACUGCACUGUAAACCUAAAUUAGUCGACUUCGUUUUAAAAUUUUAUGCCAGCACACUUCUGCCGCAAGUAAGCUUAACUCAACAGCCUGAUCAUUCUAAAUCAUUCCAGUUGAGCUGACUCUACUCCGCUGUUUCCUGUUCUCGAUGCAACUUCAACAGUUAGCUUAGCCGCUCAUUUAAUUGUGCUUUGCUGCUGAUGUCUAUCUGUGUACAGUUCGUUGGUAUCAACUGUGGAACAGCUCCAUUAUUUUAAAUGGAUUAUUCCUUGCAGUAAUUACCAACUGGCUGCAUAUCCAAAGGUUUCGUACUGUUUCUGCCAUUUCUUCAUGCAGUAAUGAAUAAGACAAGAGUUGGACAUUUUAGCAGCUUUUCCACUGAAUAACACCAGCUUGACUCGACUCGACUCGCCCUUUUUGGUUCUCCAUCAGGUAAAUCUGGUUCCUGGUUCUAUUUUUGGUACUACCUCCGUCGAGGGUCCAGGCGAGCUGAGCCGAUACCAAAAGGUGCCAUAAAAACGCUCCAGACUGAGAAUCACCAAACAGGUUAGCGUUGCGUCGCCUUUGGGCACCAGAGUCGUCUCGUCGUCUGAACUGUAGUUUUUCCCAAAUUCUCCUGAUUUUAUCUUGUUGCCUGAAUAAAAUUUGUCUCCUUUACAUCAUGGCAGUUUCAUGUGGCGUCGCUAUGACGACCAGUUACAUUGAAGGGGCACUAGGUCUGCAGUGGAAAACAAAGUAGCUGGUACCGAAAGCGAGUUGAGUCCACCAUGAAGUGGAACAGUGGCUUUUGAGCGGUGGUGGACGAAGUACUCAAACCAUGUACUUGAGUUAAAGUAGAGACACCCAAGGUAAAAUAUUACUCCAGUAAAAGUAGA